CUCCCCGCCGCCAGGGGGCGCCGCCAAGGGCGCAGCGGCCUCCGGGGCGGCCCUCGCGGUUCCGUGGGCCUCGGCCGCUCCUUUCCCGGCUCCUCCGCUCCUUUCCCGGCUCCUCCGCUGCCCGUCCCGGCUCCUGCGCCGCCGCUCUCCCGCCCCAGCCAUGCUGCCCUCCCGAGCCCCGGCGCUGUGCACGGCUCUGCGGCGAGCAGCGCCCGCCGGCCUCGCCUCCUUCCACUCCUCCGCUCGGCGCUGCCGCGCCGCCCGCGUCGCUGUGGUCCUGUCUGGCUGUGGUGUCUAUGAUGGCACAGAAAUCCACGAGGCAUCAGCUGUACUGGUGCACCUGAGCCGUGGGGGAGCUGAGGUUCAGAUGUAUGCUCCAGAUGUGCCUCAGAUGCAUGUCAUUGACCACAGUAAGGGACAGCCAGCUGAAGCUGAGUCAAGGAAUGUUUUAGUGGAAUCUGCAAGAAUUGCUCGUGGUAAAAUCACAAGCCUGGCUAAGCUGACUACAGCAGACCAUGAUGCUGUGAUAUUCCCCGGUGGAUUUGGAGCUGCCAAAAACUUAUCCACCUUUGCUGUUGAUGGGAAGGAUUGCAAGGUGAACAGAGAAGUUGAGCGAGUCCUGAAAGACUUCCACAAAGCAGGCAAACCUAUUGGCCUGUGCUGCAUUUCCCCAGUUCUGGCAGCAAAGGUGCUCUCUGGUGCUGAGGUAACUGUGGGCCAUGAAGAAGAGGAAGGGGGCAAGUGGCCUUAUGCUGGGACUGCAGGAGCCAUCAAAGAGCUGGGAGCAAAGCACUGUGUGAAAGAAGUAACCGAAGCUCAUGUGGAUACAAAAAAUAAGGUGGUGACCACCCCAGCAUUUAUGUGUGAAACAGCAUUACACCAUAUCUUUGAUGGCAUUGGGGCAAUGGUAAAGAAUGUGCUAAAAUUAACUGGCAAAUAAAAGCAGAAAUGUUUAAAUUUAGGACAUAGUAUCAAACAUAUCAUGGACCAAUGGAGACAUUUGCACCUGCUUGUCCUGUUCAGACUCUAGUGAAUGCUGAUAUGAAGCUGAUUCCCAGCUGCAGGAUUUUUAUGCCUUUUUGAGAGAGAAGCAUUGCAGAGGACGAGAAGCCUGUGCUGAGACACAGAGCAUGUUCUUGAGCUUUUCCAUCUGGAGAGAGCUGACUGGAUGUGUUCUGAAACAAAGUCUUCCCAGCACACCAAUGUCAAGCCAGCUCUAAGGGGGAAAAUGAGACUCAAGGCCAUUUCAGAAGCUGAGGGUAGAUGAGAGGAAUGAAUGCAUGGUUCAAGGUGCCUAAGCUCAGGCCUGUGUCUGGGAAAUAACAGCCAGGGCCAUCUGCUGAGGGAAAUGCCAUCUUCCACAUCUUAAUUUAACUCAAUAUUAAUGAAAAGAUUUUGUUUCCAUUUUGAAGAAUUCUGCUUUCACAAAGAAACACCAAUCAGCAGCAGGACACAACUGCCACAACAGUAGCACUUUGAGAAACUCAUCCAUUGGCCCAUUAAAGUUUUAAAAGGUCUUGAAAUGAAGAAGAAAAUAAUACCUGCUGACACGACGCACAACUCUUAAGGACAGCACCUCUGUUAAAGCAAUUGUAUGACAGGUAGUGAAUGCAAUAAACAAUCUCAAAUUAUCCUAACUUCCUCUGUUUUAGGUUAAUAAAGCUUUCUCCAAAGAAGUAUUAUGUAUGUAUGUAUGUCUGGAAUAAUGAUGUAUAAAUAAAUAAAUUUCUGCCUUUAUCUUA